AUGUUCCGUUCAGCUGCUAAAGUCUCUGGUCGUCGUCUCCUCUCGACUGCUUCUGCUCAAACCCAAUACACCUCCUUGGCUAACGGUUUGACUGUUGCAACCGAAGCCAACCCUUUGGCCAAAUCCUCAACCAUUGGUUUGUGGAUCGGUGCUGGGUCUAAGUUCGAAAACAGAUACAAUAAUGGUGUCUCCAAAUUGACUGCCAACAUCUUGGCUGAAUCCAGUAAGGCUGCUGCCGCCAAAGAAGGUAUCCUUGUCGGAACCUCUGCCGAAAGAGAAUCCAUUGCCUUAUACGGUACCACCUUGGCCAACAAGACCUCUGAAGUCGUUGAAUUGUUGGCUCAACAACUCUCUGGCCCAGCCUUGACUGAUGCCCUUCUCGCUUCUGAAAAGUCCAAGGCCAUUGCCGAUGCUGAGCUCAUUGAAACUAUUCCAAAGAAGACCGUUUUGGAACAUUUGCAUGCCACCGCUUUCCAAGGUACCCCAUUGUCCUUGCCAAUCCAAGGUACCCCAGAAGGUUUGGCCAACAUCGAAGCUUCUGACAUCGAAUCCUUGUUGUCAAAGCACGCCGUCUCCUCCAACAUUGUCGUUGUUGGUGCUGGUAACGUUGACCACGAAGAAUUGGUUAACUUGGUCGAAAAGAAACUUAAUAUCAAGAGUGGUUUGGCCCCAACCGUCAAGCCAACCAAAUUCUUGGGUUCCGACUUGAAAUUCAGAGAUGACACUUUGCCAAGUGCUUACAUUUCUAUCGCCGUCGAAGGUCCAGCUUUCAACGCCCCAGAAUACUACACCGCCAAGGUUGCCUCUGAAAUUUUCGGUACUUACACCAGUUCUGAACCAAUUUCCGUUAGACAAGGUAGUAAAUUGGCCAACAUCGUCACCGAAAACCACUUGGCUCAACACUUUGAACACUUCUCCCUCGGUUACAAGGACACUGGUUUGUGGGGUUUCUACACCGAAACCAGCAAUGUCAGUAACAUUGAUGACUUGGUCCACUUCUCUUUGAAACAAUGGAACAGAUUGUCCACCGAAAUAACUGAAACUGAAAUUGUCAGAGCCAAGAACAUCUUGAAGACUAAGAUCUUGCUUUCUAUGAACUCUACCGUCGCCAUCGCCAACGACAUUGGUAAUAAAGUUUUGAUUAACGACAGAAGACCAUCCAUCGAAGAAAUUUUCAGAAAGAUUGACCAAGUCUCUGCUAAGAGUGUCACUGCCUGGGCCCAAGAAGCCGUCUGGGAUCAAGAUAUCGCCGUUACUGGUACUGGUCAAAUCGAAGGCUUGUUCGACUACAACAGAAUCAGAAACGAAAUGGCCUUAUUGAGAUGGUGA